UAACGCUCGAUCGACGACCUCUUGCUACGCUUCUCUGCUCCAUAUCCCUUUCCGACAUACCUAUCCUCUAUCCUAAGCUUUCUUUUGUGCUAUACAUUCACUCACCUGUCAUUCCACUUCCAUAACUCAGCUCCGCCACCAUGUCUACGCUCGAAGAGCUCGAAGAUCUUGAGCGCGAAGAUAAGGAUAAGAGAAAGGAGCAAGAGGAACGUGAUGGACAGAAAUCCGACAAGGAUGGGGACGCAGAAAUGAAAGAUGCGGAUCAAAAGAAAGAGGAAGACGACCUGCUAGAUGAGGAGAUCCUACGGUCAAGCACGCGAGAUAUCAUAAACCGACGGAAGUUGCUGGACAAUGAUAUGCGCAUUAUGAAGAGCGAGUAUCAACGAUUGAUGCACGAGCAGAACACCAUGAAGGAGAAGAUAAAGGACAAUCUGGACAAAAUUGAGAAUAAUCGGCAAUUACCAUACCUAGUCGGGAAUGUCGUUGAGCUUCUAGAUCUUGACGUCGAGAAGGAAGCAGUUGAAGAAGGUGCCAAUAUAGACCUGGACGCAACUCGUGUUGGCAAAUCAGCCGUCAUUAAGACAUCCACUCGCCAAACAAUCUUCCUCCCUCUUAUUGGCCUCGUUGACCAUGAAAAGCUCAAACCUGGUGACUUGAUAGGGGUGAAUAAGGACUCCUACCUUGUCCUGGACACGCUUCCAGCAGAAUACGAUAGCCGAGUAAAAGCGAUGGAAGUUGAUGAGAAACCAACAGAGCAAUAUACCGACGUUGGUGGGCUCAACAAGCAGAUUGAGGAAUUAGUGGAAGCUAUAGUUUGGCCGAUGAGAGAGGCUGAACGGUUCAAGAAAAUCGGGAUCAAAGCUCCGAAAGGUGCGCUCAUGUAUGGCCCGCCCGGUACUGGUAAGACUCUUCUUGCCAGAGCUUGUGCUGCCCAGACAGACGCUACAUUCCUGAAACUCGCUGGUCCCCAACUCGUCCAAAUGUUUAUUGGUGACGGCGCUAAGCUCGUCCGUGACUGCUUUGCUCUUGCCAAAGAGAAAGCACCCGCUAUCAUCUUCAUUGACGAGCUCGACGCCGUCGGCACGAAACGUUUUGAUUCUGAAAAGUCUGGUGAUCGCGAAGUUCAACGUACGAUGUUGGAACUCCUCAAUCAGCUUGACGGUUUCGCUUCCGAUGAUCGGAUCAAGGUUCUUGCCGCCACCAAUCGUGUUGACGUCCUCGAUCCGGCUUUGCUCCGUUCCGGUCGUUUAGAUCGGAAGAUCGAGUUCCCUCUUCCCAACGAGGAAGCUCGUGCACAGAUUUUGAAAAUUCACUCUCGCAAGAUGACGGUGGACGACGGUGUUAACUGGGCGGAGUUGGCACGGAGCACAGACGAAUUUGGCGGUGCGCAACUGAAGGCAGUCUGCGUGGAAGCCGGUAUGAUUGCGUUACGAAAGGGUAUGAGUAAAGUAGGCCACGAGCAUUAUGUGGAUGCCAUCGCAGAGGUCCAAGCGAAGAAGAAGGAUACCAAUGUCGGCAUUUAUGUUUGAAAAGCUCCCCGUGUGCCCUCAGCCUAAUAUCAUGUUUUCUUUCCGCCACUUUUUCUACUUCUCCCACAAAGAUGUAUCUGUAGUGAGCAUGUAGAAUGUG